AUGGACCAUACACUCGAGCACCAUGCCUCGUACAUUGGCAAACCCAUCUCCGCAUUGCCAACACCGGCCCUCGUCAUCAGCCUGCCCGUGCUCCGCCGCAACAUCGAUGCACUGCACAAACACGUCGAGGAGCUGGGCAUCGGCUUUCGGCCGCACGUCAAGACGCUCAAGACGCUUGAAGUCACCAGGCUCAUGCUGAAAGGAGGCAAAUAUCGAUCGAUUGUUGCGUCAACGCUGGCCGAAGUCCAUGGCGUAUUACCGCUCGUUGAAGAAGGGUUACUGGACGAGUGCCUCUACGGCAUGCCCAUCUACCCCGGCUGCCUCCCGCGGCUAGCCGAGCUGCGUAAGAAGGUGCGCAUCCAGCUCAUGGUGGACAACGAGCAGCAGGUUGCGGCGCUGGAGGAGACUUUCGAAACACACGGUGGCAGCGCGUCAUGGGACGUCUUCAUCAAGCUCGACGUCGGCUCGCGCCGAGCCGGCGUGGACCAGGCCGACACGGAAGCGCUUCGCAGCCUCGUGGACCGUGUCGACUCGUCCGCCGCCACGACACUGCACGGCUUCUACGUCCACGCCGGGCACUCGUACGGCGGCCGCCGGCGCGACGAAGCGGAGGCCACCCUGAACGUCGAGCUAUCGGCCGUACUGGCGGCUGCGGCGCUUGCAGGCAACGACCGCGAACUGGUUGUCUCGAUCGGGUCCACGCCGACGGCCCACGUUGUAGCGAGCCUCAAGGCUGCCGUGCCGCACAACGUCCGGCUGGAGCUCCACGCAGGCAACUAUCCGGCCAACGACCUGCAGCAGUUGUCGACGGGAGUCAUUGCUGAGGCCGAUCAGGCGGCUCGGGUCGUCGCCGAGGUGUGCAGUGUGUAUCCUCGCCGCAACGAGGCACUCAUCAACGCGGGCGUCGUGGCUAUGUCACGCGAGGUAGCUGGAGCUUAUCCGGGCUUCGGCCGUGUCGUUGGCAAGCCUGACUGGGGCAUCGUUAGGCUUUCGCAAGAGCACGGCAUCAUCGGCAAUACCAGCGCCGUGGAUUCGGAUCAGAGUGCGAGUAGGGGGCAGGCACCGGGGGUAGAAGGCGUCAGCGAGCAAUUUGCCGUUGGCCAGCGCGUCUCAUUGUGCUGCAACCACGUUUGCAUCACUGCGGCAGCCUUCUUUGCGUUCUACAUUGUUGAUGAUCACGAUGUUGUUCAGGAGACCUGGGUGCCUUGGAAAGGCUGGUAG